GCUAUAAAAAUUGUAGCAGCAACUGUAGCGAGUUCAGUCGAAGCGCGCCGUCUGUGCAGUGCCGACAACAGACACAAUGCAUACAUUAAUAGUAGCUACGCUUGCCGCGGUCGCGUCUGCGAUGCCGUCAUACAUCGCCGUGCCGGCUGACCAGAUCGCGUUCGUGGACCUCUCAGCGCUGCGGGUGAGGAGGGUCCCUCGUCAGACCCUGUCGCCGCCGCAACCACAAGCGUUGUACAGCCAGGAGUACCAGCCCAUACCCAUACAAUACCAACAGCAACCCCUGGCCCUUGCUCCACCAGAACCAGAACCUGGAAGGCUUGUGCGUCUUCAACCACAGGAUCCGGUAGGCGCAGCCACGCUAGGGUCUCCAGGUGCCCACCUUGCAGAACGGCCUCCAGACUUCGGGGAGUAUGUCGACUUUGGCGCCCACACCGGGGACCAUGGCGCUUUUGGUUGGUACGCUGACUACCCUGUCAAUAACCACGAGGAUUCUGGAUAUAGGAAGUAGGCCUUGCGUAGUCUUACACCCAGGCAUAGCAAUAGACAUACCAAUAUUUUUAAAAUGUCUUCUUAGACUUACUAGUUUGAAAGUUAUACUAUAAAAAUACUCUUUCAUUUGAGAAUAAGUUAAACACGAAAUAAUUGAAUAAAUCAGUUGCUUGGGUGAGACUUCUUGCCGCUAACAAAAAGGCACUUAGCAAAGAUUCAAAGCUACCAAAGACAGUAUUGUUUCCAAGUGAUACACUUAAUUUUAGGAUUUUUUUAGCUGAAUUACCGCACAUUUGUUAAAAACGGUAGAUUCCGCAAAUAUAUACGCACGAUAUGACAAAGAAUAAGUUCCUUUAGAUGUAAGUCGCAAAGUACACUGUGAUACGUACUAUGGUAGUUCAGUAAUAGCAUUUCUAGCUUCAUCUAUGUCUUCUCUGCUUCACUCUCUGUCACUUUCACGCUUUCUGUAUAAUGUAUCAAUAGUGCAUAUUAGGUACAUUAUUCUUUACUUUUACAUCGCUUCAAUUACAUUUUCUUUUCAUCGCUGUCUAUGUCUUGUGCUUCACAUCAUAACAAUCACAUUUUCAUUUAAUUUAUAUUGUUAAUCACUUGUUAAGUUAAAAAUAUACAAUGUUACUUUCAUCUUCGUUUCAUUUCAUCGUUACAUCAUUAAGAAUUAUUAUUUCACGAAUAAUCACUUUCACUUAUUUACUUACAACCUUUCUGUUCACAUUAUUUCUUCCACUUAUCACUUUGCUUUAAACUUGAUUUUUUACGCACCACUUAAAUGUAUUAGCUUAUUUAUCUUCGUCUCUCACCUUCAAAAUAUUUAUAUCUGUUUUAUGAA